AUGUUGUGGUCGGCUAAAGGCGGAACGCGUGAUCGUUCGGUGAAGGUUGGAGCUCGUGCUCUUCUUGCCUGUGUGCCUCGGUGGGCGGGGGAGUUCCAGGAAAACGAAAAAGACGAGACCAGCACAGAUGGGGAAAUUGUCCGUGUCCAUGAAACCCAAGAUAACAGCGCAGACAGAGAGGGUUGGGCAGCCAAGGUGAAUAGGCGAGAUGCGUCAUCACGGGCAAAUCGCGGUGAAGGUAAGGAAUGA